UAUAAAUUGAGUGAUUUUUGAAACCACAAGACAAAGAUCCCUGCUGCAACCAGAGUGUCAUAUCUUGGCGCUUUAUAAAGACAGAAGAAAUUGUUAAAACAUGGAACUGAUUCUACAAUUUAUUUUCCUGACAUUAGCCUUGAUAUCAAACACACCUAAUGUUUUGGGACGACAACUCGUUGACUGCAACCAAGAAGGUGCCACAUUGUCCAAUGGAAUAUGUUAUCAAGCUUUUAGCGACAGGAAGCUUAAUUGGUAUGAUGCACAACUAGCAUGUAAGACCUGGGGUGGAGAUUUAGCUACGAUUGAUCUUGAUACACUGCCUGUUUCCCCUCUAAUUUAUUUAAAGAGAUUCUCCUUCUGGAUUGGUAUGAAAUUCAUUGAUGGAACAUGGAUUUGGGCGUAUGACAAUUCUGCAGUAGACUUACGUUUUUUUAAAAUGUUUAAUUGGUUUGAUAGUGAUGCACAUACAACUGGAUUUGAUUGCAUAUCGAUUAAUUACGAAGGCAAUCGCAUUUAUCUACAAGAAAAGCAGUGCUCUAGCAUGUCAAAUUAUAUCUGCAUGGGAGCCACCAUUGAGUUUCCUUCAGUUAAUAUUGAGAUUAGCGCAGAGAAUACACCACCCUCAGAGGGGUUUUUCACAGCAGCCAUUGAGAUUCCUACAAUAAGAACUAAUGUUGAAACUAGCGCAGAGACUACACCACCUUCAGAGGGGUCUUCCACAGCAGCCAAUGAGAUUCCUACAAUAAGAACUAAUGUUGAAACUAGCGCAGAGACUACACCACCUUCAGAGGGGUCUUCCAAAGCAGCCAUUGAGAUUCCGACAAUAAGAACUAAUGUUGAAACUAGCGCAGAGACUACACCACCUUCAGAGGGGUCUUCCACAGCAGCCAUUGAGAUUCCGACAAUAAGAACUAAUGUUGAAACUAGCGCAAAGACUACAGCAAUCUCAAAGACGUCUUCUAAAAAUCAACCAGUUAACUCCAAAACACCAAAGGAUAAAAGCAAGAAGGUACUUGAAAAGACUAAAAGACCAAACAACGGAAAACAAGGCGCCAAGGACAACGGAAAACAAGGCGCCCAGGACCAAGGAAAAGAAGGCGCCGAGGACCAAGGAAAACAAGACUUUCUUUUUAUUUUCCAAUUACAUCUCUACUCUCAUUAACUUUUUUUUCUCUUUAUAAGAUUUCUAAUGAAA